GACUCUCAAAGAGGGUGUGGCCUAAAGCGAGCACUUCGCGGGAGUGAAAGCAACUUGCUGUCAUCAUAACGCUACAGUUUACAACCUCAAGAGCACACGACUAAUUACGAAUCCCAUGAAUUGACAGCGUUUUUCUUUCCGACAGUUUGUGGAAUAACAUGAACGGACAUUUCACGAAGUGAUUUUGAAGCACGACACAUAUCUGGUGUCAGAGCAUAACAGCCCUGGAAAAACAUCUACUGACUAACAACGCAUUUUUGAAGGCUGUAACUGGUAUGGCCCGACCAGAGAUGGAAAGCAGGGUGGAUGAUCGCAACUCCGGAGCACCAAACAGCUGCAGGAUGGAGGUGUUGCGUCAGGACGCCUGGCCGAGCGGCAGCAUCAUCCAGCCCUGCCACCGACACCGAACCAUUGCCACGCAGACCAGCACUGUCUCCGCACCACUACCCCACGUCCCCACACAAGAUGCCUUCAGCUCAGACAGUGUCCAGCAGCAGGACAGUCUACUCAGGGAUAAUACAGGUACAGAACAGGAACUCUCCAGCCCCAGAGAGAGACUGCUUCCCCUGCCGGAUUUGGUAGGAGACCACUCAAGCUCCUCAGAAGACUCAUCCGGCAGCUCUACCAGUGAGGACAAUCCCAGCUUGGAGGAACAAACAGUGGAGCGUGUGGCCUUGAAGCUGAGGACAAUCGGGGACGAGAUGAAUGCAGUUUUUCUUCAGAGGAAUGCUGCCCCACGCUGGCACAACUGGAGAGGCCUGUACCACGGGCUUGUCACUUUCGUCGCCGACACCAUCAACGCUUUCUACCAGCACGGGCUCAGAUAAACAGACGGGUUACGUCACAGGAGGAGUGCAGGCGCUCUCCUGCCGACCACUUAAAGACUCUGGGACUUUUCUGCAGGAUCAGAUGUCAUGUUUGGUUCUUAAUCUGUGUUUGUUUGUUUCUUUUUUUUUCAUGAAUUCUCAUGUAGCAUAGUGACUGAAGCGUGUGUCCCGGUAUAGACGUCAGUAGGGAAAGCGUGGCUCUCGGCGUGUUUGCAUACUCCUUUGCAACUUUAAUUGCAAUGCUGAGAAGUUACAUUAAACCGGCUCACUCUCUAACAAACAGAGUGAUUAGAUCUGCAUAGCGCCUCGGGCCCAGAAGUGCAUUAUGUGUCAUGGGUUUUCCUCUCAGUUGCCUUACAGGAGCAAUAACUGCGCUGCACUAUCAGUCACCAGUGGCGCAGGGCGCGCACCCGCACACCAUUAAUGGAAAACGGGCGAUAAUUAUCGAGAUAAUGGAAUGCUCAUGUACUAUAUUGAUGGAGCACAGUUGGAUCGUGCCUUGCUAACACCCUUCCUUUACUAAAGCCAUCGGGGACAAUCAGCAGAUGGUGUGCGGGUAAACCGACCCUGUUGCCCCCUACCUGAAUCUACACUUCGGGACACAAAUUUGCCACUUGAUUCAAAAAUUGGUCACCUCCAAUGGAGGUACGGGAGUGAGGCUGGAAGCCUUGUGGGAAAGCCAGACCACUAGUUAUCAAAAUGGCUGGAGAGCAGUGUUAAUAUUUGUAUGGAUUAAGCAUGUACAUAUGUUGUGAGAAAAAAGGACAGGAUUAGAAUAAACAGGGAGUUUUGUUUUCUUAUGUGUUUUGUAUAUUUUGAUGAAAUGACCUUAAAGUACUUAACAUUAAGUUCCUUUUUUCGGUUUCAUAUUUGUUUUGUUCUGGAAACAUUUUUUUGGACCAACACUGGAAGCAGUUGUUCUAAAAUCCAGUGGAUUUCUACUUUUAUUUAGGAGCCCUGUAAAACAUAAGUGAAAAUCCCCAUAAAAUGUACUUUUCAUAGAGAAUUCUCAAAUAAAUAAAUAUUUGAGAAGCACAAGCUAAUUUAUUUUGUAUGUCCAUCAUUUGUACUUUUGAUGAUUUGUUAUUGAUAAAAAUAUUCAUUUUCUGCAAUGAUCAAGUGGAUUAAAUAAGCAUGGAGAUAUAUGCAUUAUUGUUGUGUUCUAUGGACCAAAUAUCUCUCUGAAGGUUGUGAGAAAAAUCCAUUUGUAUUUUCUGCUGUAACUUAUUUGUAUACAAAAAGGACUAAACUGAGCCAAACUUCAAUCAUACUUGAACAAGUUUGUUCUCUAUAGCCCUCUUCGGGCGGCAUUUCUUUCUCAUGGGAACGUAAGCUAUUUUCAGCAU